AUGAUGUCUGUGAUCAGUCGCCGGAACAUCGACCUGCGGUCAGCCAAUCCCUUCGAACACGAGGAAUUCCUUCCUGAUAUGUCGGGGGAGCUAGACGAGUAUCCCUUCUUCGCGGACAAAACUGUCGAAACCGAGCUGCCAGCAACUCCCUUGCAAUACCAGAUUCUCGAAUCUGAGACGGUGCAGUGGUGUAAGCUCAAUUUAGUCCUGCCACAGCAACCCCCUCCCAGCUUGGCACACAUCCAGUGGACCUGGAAAGCCCUGACCUCUCAUCAUACAUGCUUGCGCACAGUCUUCACCGUUGAGAACCAAUCGGGUCAGAUUAUCCAGCAGGUGCGUCUGCAUGGUUCCGAAGCACGAUGGAGUAUAGACCCUGCCUGGACGCCGCCAUCGUCGGGUCCCUCUACGCCGGGCGAAUCCACGCCAGCCGAUGGCGAAGAUCUAAAAUCCCUGGCACUGCUGACAGUACAUCGGAAUCCUCUUUCGCCUUUUUAUCGGGUGACUCUCCAAAUCCACCGGGCUCUCGUGGACACUACUUCUCUUGGUCUCAUCAGGCGCGACUUCGCACUCCUUUAUUGCGGGUUGCCCAUUCCCGAGCAUACCUCGCUGCGGUCCUAUCUGAUUCGUCAUCUUGCUGCAAAAGAUUUAGCUGCAAGCCGUACAUUCUGGCAGGACACUCUUCCUUAUGUGACUGGCAAAAACAGCCGACUACAGGUUUGGGAGCCGGUUAGCCAGCGAUCAACUGUCUCCAUGACGCUGGCGGACCACGACGUUGCCGGCCUGGCCGAGCUGGAAAUGGCAUCCGGCUGGCCCCGUCAAAUCAUGUACGAAGCUCUCUGGGCCACCGUUCUUCACUAUCAUAAUAGUCAACGGGAUGUCCGCUUUGCAGCCUCCCGGCGGGAUGCCAGCUUUCCUGGGGUGGAGUCCUGUGUCGGACUUAUUGACCAAAUCUACCCCGUGCGGGUCUCCGUGAGCCCAGAGGAGACCUUCAAGGAACUGUUCACCAGGCUGGAAGACUAUCAUGCCGCUGCCUCGCCUCACGGCUAUCUUGGGUAUCGUGAAAUUACUCGUGACACGUCAGCACCCGUCGACUCGGUCAUCACCAAAGUGCAGAUUACCUGCUGUUACAACGCGAGUAUUCCUGCUCAAGACGUCGAAAUUCUGGUGCAGCAUUUUGUCCAGGCUCUGUCGAGUGCCGCUCGGAAGUUCUACCUUCCUCAUUCCAUCAUCAGCCAUGUGGAACUUGCCUCGGAAGACGAGAAGAGUCAGAUUGUCCGGAGCGCCGCACAGUCAGCCCGACAGUUGGAAUCAUCCAAAACCAGUGUGACUCAGCUCUUUGAGGAUCAGGUAGCUCGCAGCCCCGAGCAGAUUGCGGUGGAGUUCGAGCACGACCGGCUCAGCUUCGCCGAGUUGAAUGCACAGGCUAACCGAGUCGCGCGCGUCCUAGGGCCGGUGCGUGGUGAAAUUAUCCCCCCUAUGCAUCGACCGCUCAAUCGCCCUGAUCAGAGGAAUCGUCGCAUUGCAGAGAACUGUGAUGCUCCAGUGAUCCUGGCCAACCAAGCGUAUUGCGCAGCAAUGCCUAAGGCGCGGCCCUUUGAGGAUUGCCUUCAACUGGCACAGACCCUGGAGCCAUUCAACCUGGCGCUGGACAUCGAGCCCGAGGAGCGCUGCUAUUUGAUCUACACCUCCGGGUCCACGGGAACCCCCAAGGGGGUUGUCGUUUCCCAUAGAGCCGCGACAGCCGGCAUGCAGCACCAUUCGUUGAAUGGGUUGCAGCGUUGGCUGCUAUUCUACAGUCCGAGUUUUUCGGCGGCGCAGCGGACCAUGCUGGCUACGUUGGUUCACGGUGGUACGUUGUUGCUGGCCAGCAAAGCGCGUUUGACUGCCGAGCUGCCGGCUGUGGUCACAGAAAUGCAGGUUGAGGCCAUGGGCAUCACCCCGUCCGCCCUGUCCGUUCUUGAGCCGUCGCAGGUGCCACAUGUGAAACAAAUCACGCUCGUCGGCGAGGCCAUCCCACCAGAGAUGGUUGAGCUCUGGUCAAGCAACGUCCAGCUCCGCAACACCUUCGGCCUAAGCGAAUGCACACAGCUGAACUUCGGCUGCAUCUUGACCCCUGGCAGCAAUCCAUGUAUCGUAGGUCGGCCCACAGAUACCACCAGGGCCUAUGUGUUACUGCCAGAAACUACAGAGCUGGCCCCCAUCGGUGUCUCGGGUGAGCUCUGCCUGGCAGGCCCCCAGCUGGCCUCUGGGUAUCUCCACGACGUGGAGCAGACCACGCGCGCUUUCAUUCCCAACCCCUUUGGCCUUGGCCAGCUCUAUCGCACAGGAGAUGUGGCACGUAUGCACUCAUACGGUUCAUUCGAGAUUCUGGGACGCCUGGACUGGCAGGCCAAGAUUGACGGCCAGAAGGUGAACCCGACCGAGAUCGACCAGGCGCUCCGGCAUCACACCAACGUCGGGGCCUCCGCCACGGUGGUUCUCGAUCUCUCUGGCCGACCCCGGCUACUGUCCGCUGUUGUUUUGAACUCGCAUGUGCUCUCAUGGUCCGCUGUGCUGCCAACCAUCCGUGAAUUGGCGGCCGAAACACUGCCGCGCUACAUGGUGCCCUCCUUCUGGAUGCCGAUGAAGAAACUCCCAACGACUGGAAACGGCAAGACGGACGUCAAACGCAUCCAAGAAAUGGCCUUGGAACUCGGAGUGGCACGCCUGGCUCAGUUCAGUGCUCCCGAUGUUGAGUCAAAUGAUGAUUCUCUCGACGGGGAGCAGACGGACGUCGCAGAGGCAUGGUCUGAGGUUCUCGUCGAUGCCAUUAAGGCGGUAGGUGUCCAUCGCCGACGUGGUCUGGUAAUAGAACUUGAGACUUUGCUGGACGGCUCGUCGGUGGAGCAGACUGCUGUCGCAGGCUUUGCCCUUCAGAAACAACACAUCGAUGCCCCUGAGGCAUUCUCCCUGGUUCCAAAAGAUGCAGCUAGCUUAGUACACGGAAAUCCAAACCUGUCGGACGCUUACCCAGCCACACCGUUGCAGGAAGGCAUUCUAGCCACGUCGCUGCAGAGUGAGGCAGAGGACCGCUACGUCUACCAGCGCGUGUGGGAUGUUUCACACCUCGACCUACAACGGCUGCACACCAGCUUCCAGCAGGUCUUUGCUCAGCGAGAUAUCCUUCGGACGUCAUUUAUACCGCACCGCGCCAGCUUUAUGCAGCUCGUUCGAACCGAUCUCACCCUGCCAUGGGUGGUACUCGAUCAGAGUCUGGAGGAGUAUCUGGCAGUCGAUAAAAGGCAGCGAUUCGCCAUGUCUGAUUUGCAACUUCGUCUGGCUAUUCUGACACGCGGCUCACAGAGUCUGCUUGUGGUGACCAUGCAUCACUCCCUCUUCGACUACUGGUCCCAUCGGUUCCUGUACGAGGACGUUGCAGCUACGUAUUGGGGCGACCCGGUGCCCUCCCGUCCCUCCUUCAACCACGUCAUUCGACAUCUGCAAUCUCUACCCGUGGAAGAAUACGAUUCCUUCUGGCAGAGCUAUCUGUCCAACACGGAGCCCACCCAGCUGAACACGACUCCCCAGCGUGAGACUACAACCGUUCAAAAGACUCUGCCUAUCGACUUGCGGCAGGCGCUGCAGCUGCACGGGCUCUCCCCGGGGGCUGCCAUUUAUAUGGCAUGGGCGAUGGUGCUGAGCCAGCGGACAAACAACUCGGAAGUGUUCUUCGCGACAGCCUUAGCCGGCCGCGAUAUCCCCGUGCUAGAAGUGGAACACAUCGAUGGACCUACUCUAAACAUGGCUCCCCUCCGCCUAUCAAUUCCCGCGGACUCCUCGCUUCUAGAUCUUACCCAAACCGUGAGCCGCGACCUCAUGCGUGUGACCAAAUAUGCACCUCAUGGCUUGAAAAGGGCGUUGUACGCCGCACAUCUACGACCUGAUGCCAUGGAUACCAUGGUUAAUAUCCUUCCCCCUUCAGAAGACCGUUCUCAUAGGGAGCGGACCAUGUGGCAACCCUUUGGCAAGCGACCGUCAUGGGAGUCCGAGUUUACCACACUGGAGGUUGUCACGAAUGACGCCGGGCUCCAGAUUACCCUGACUGCAAAAAUGGAAGAGCUUCAGGCCCAGUUCAUCAUGGAAUCCUUCUGCCGAAUUCUCCUGGCGGUGUUGGAGGAUCCACAUCAACCAGCAUCCGCAGUGGAUGUCAUUGGUAAUACUGAGAGAGAAUUCCUGUCGAACGAGCUGUCCAAUCGCCACCGGCUUCAUGUCCCUCGGCCGGAGCUGCUGCAGGAAGCCUUCGAACGACACGCGGUGGGCACGCCGGAGGCCAUCGCCAUUGACUGGAACGGGGAAGCCACCACUUCGUACGUACAGUUGGAUCUUCGAGCCAACCAGGUGGCCAACGAGCUAGUCCAGCGUCAUGGUGUCUCCGUUGGAGACAUGAUUCCACUGAUGUUGGAUAAGUCGGUUGAUAUGCUGGUGGUCAUUUUCGGGGUCAUGAAAGCCGGGGCGGCCUAUGUGCCGCUGAGCCCAGACAAUCCCCCAGACCGCAAUGCGUUCAUCAUCGGCGAGGUCCAGGCCAAGCUGGUCAUCACCCAGACCGACCAUUCCACGCUGAUUCCUAUCAAUGACGGUCUUUCCCACAUCCACAUGGACCAGCUGCCGCUGACUGAUGUUUCCACCGAACGGCCUAAUGUCUCUGUCACUCCUGAACAACCGGCGUAUGUGAUCUACACCUCGGGAAGCACCGGAUUGCCAAAGGGCGUGAAGGUGCCCCACCGCGCUGCGGCUGCUGCGGUGGUGAGUAUGGCGGAGAUCGAGGGCCGGUACCGUGGCGAGUGGCGCUCCCUACAGUUUGCCAACUAUGUGUUUGAUGCAUCGGCGCAGGAUUUCUUCAACACCCUCAGCACAGGAGGUACCCUGUGCCUGGCUCCCACUGACCAACUUCAGUCGGACCUGGCGGGCCGCAUUCGAGCCAUGGAUGUCCGCCAGGCCAUUCUGACUCCCACAGUGGCCAAGCUGCUAGAUCCUCGCGAACUGCCAUCCUUCUGCACGAUGAUUGUUGGAGGCGAGCCCCUAACACGAGAUGUCAUUGACAAAUGGGCGCAGCACGAGCUACUAAACGUGUACGGGCCUACGGAGACCGCGAUGGUAGUGACCACCAAGGCCGUCCAAGAUGGGGUCCGGCCCAGCAACAUUGGAACGCCGUUUCCCACGGUCAUGGCGUUUAUUCUUCAGGCUGAUGGGCUCGACCUGAUUCCAUAUGGUGGGGUAGGCGAGCUGUGUAUUGCCGGGCCGCAGGUCACCGAUGGAUAUUUGAACCGUGAUGAGCUGACUGCGGCGGCUUUUGUCCAGAAUGAUGUUUUGCAAGUGGAACGUAUGUAUCGCACUGGCGAUCUGGCUCGAUGGCUUCCUGGCGGAGAAAUCGAAUGCCUGGGCCGCAAGGACAACCAAGUCAAGAUCCAUGGACACCGGAUCGAGCUGGCCGAGAUCGAACACGCCAUCUACCAGACAGGUUUGGUGCAUCACGCGAUUGUGAUACCGAUCCUGGUCAAUCAGCGAACCCAUCUCGCCGCCUUCUGUAUAUUCACCCCGAUGCGCUCCAGCGAGGUCCAAGAUGCAGAUGCCGACUAUCACAUCUUCCGCUCAAAGCUCCGAGAGGGUCUUACCACGCUGACACCGUACAUGAUGCCAAAGUACGUGUUUCCGAUGGGCGACCUUCCCAAGUUGCCGUCACGCAAGACGGACCGGAAGCUCCUUCGACACUCCGCCGAAGACAUGGAUUCCGUAUAUCGCAACCGCUACAGCUUCGAUGCAAGCGAUGCACAACACACUGUCGUGCCGGUAGAGACUGUGGCGGAAAUGACCCUGGAGAGCCUGUGGGUGCAAGUGCUGGACUCUCCCGCCGAAAGCUUGGGCAAGAAAGCAAACUUCUUGGCCCUAGGUGGCGACUCGAUCGCGGCCAUCAGUCUCGCUAGUCGAGCUCGCAGUGCAGGGUAUGUUCUAAGCGUCAAGAAUAUCCUACGUAGCGGCGAAUUGGGCCGGAUGGCCACAACUAUGCAAGUCCGCGAGGCCGAGACAGACACGGAGCCUCAGAGAGCGUUUGACGUCCCCACAGCGGUCGUUGAUGCCAUCCAGCAGGCAGGGCUCCAUAUGGAACGGGAUGUCGAUUACGUAUAUCCCUCACCCCCAGGCCAAGUCGAAUUUCUGACGCAGGGUGCUCGUCCUGAGCAGAUGUGGGUCCUUAUGGCGGUUCGUCGCAUGUCGGAUAGCUUCGAUGUUGACAAAUGGGUGGAGGCCACUGCCAAGUUAACACAGGUCGAUGAUAUCCUGCGCAGCUCAUGGCUGCGCGCAUCUGAUUCCUUGUGGUACGGCGUCGUCCUGAACCGGAGUGUGCCGACGGUCACCUUCGCCCACUGCGAGAACGAGGAGCAAAAGGCCCUGUUUAUCGAGUCUUUCUGGGAUGAGCGAUUCAUCUUUGGAACGCCCUUUAUCAAGUUCGCCGUUCUCACGUACCCGGACGGUGCAUGUGACGUGGUGAUGAAGAUGAACCAUGCGGUCUACGAUGGAACCUUGCUGCGUAUCCUGGAUGAUCAUUUUGCUGCCAUCUGCCAGGGUCUCCCAGCUCCGGCCCAUGGCCAGUUCCGGGACUUUGCGUUAAAUGUAUAUCGCUCCGAUCGGAAUUCUUCGCGCACAUUCUGGCAUAAGGCUCUGGCUGGCAAGGACAGUUGCUUCCCCGACUGUGAGAACCCACGGAUCGACGCGUCUGUCCGUCGCAUCCUCGCGACCGAUCUGGAGCCAAUGGCACAUGCGGCUGGGGUCACCAUCCCCGUAAUAUUCCAGGCCGCCUACCAGGUGUGGCUCUCCCAAGUCACUGCGCGAUCGGACGUCGGGUUUGACUAUUUGCUCAGCGGUCGAAAUGUCGAUAUGGGACCUGUCGAUACCCAGACGGUCAACGGCACCCUGGCCAACUUCCUCCCGGUCCGGUGCAGUGUCGACUCGACGAUAUCGAUGGUCCAGUACCUUCAAGACACGCAGGAUCUGUUCUGGGCGAUCACCGAGCAUGGCAACAUGGGCCUCGAUGAGAUCUACGCGGCCGCCGGCGUCUCGCGAGUCACAUCUGGCAACGGAUCUCUCUUCCUCUUCCAGCCAUUCGAGCCCGCGGACAAGGUGGAUGAACUCCGCUGGCUGGUCAUGGCCAAGUCACAAGUGCGGAUGUUCCAACCGUAUGGCCUGGUGAUUGAAGUCGCAAAGGCAGGCCAGUCGCAACAUCGGCUCACGGUCAUGUAUGACCAAGGCCUCUUCACCGAAGGGGAGGGCAGCGGAAUUGCGGAUGCCCUUAUAACUAUCGUGGAGGAGAUGGCAGGCGCUGUGUCAUCCCCUGGGCGCCGUCUUGGGGAGAUCUUCAUAGAUCUACAAGUGGCCGAUGGGGUAAUAGCCUAA